AGGGAGGCAUGGAAAGGGGGUAGGGAGGAGAGGUGGGCUGUCCCCGCCGGCACCAUGUGAUGCCCUCUCCUCCCCGGGCUCUCCCGGCCCAUCUCCGGCGCGGAGCAUCCCCGGGGCCGCCGGUGGCGUCCCGCCGCUGGAGCAGCGCCCGCGGGACCGGUUUUAGGGUGGAUCUUCCAGGCACAAAGCAGCAGGAGGCUCCUCGGUGGUGUCCAGAGAGUGGGUCUGACCUGCAGGACAACUGUCGCCACUGCUGUCCCCACCGUGCCCUUCACAGCCCCUAAAUCUCCGCAGGGAAGAGGACAACAAAGAGGCCUCUCUGGAGCUGGUAGGUGCAGGGUAGGAGCUGCCAGCAAGUGGAUACAGAUCCCUGCCUGCCACCUGCCUGUCCCAGCCUCGUGCAUCCCUCGUGUGAGUCAGUCAGAGGUAGAGAGCCAAGGCUGUGCCCUCUCCUGAGGUCUAGGAGCUUACCUCUACCUGCUGCUGAAGCCACCCUGCUCCCAGCUCCUCCCAGAGCCCUCCAGCAGCUGUGCCCACACCUCCUGGCACCCCCCCAUGCUGUUGGCAAUGAGUGCCUGCAGCAGGAAGGCGCUGACCCUGCUCAGCAGCGUGUUUGCCGUCUGCGGCCUCGGUCUCCUGGGCAUCUCCGUCAGCACCGACUACUGGCUCUACCUGGAGGAGGGCAUCGUCCAGCCCCAGAACCAGACAGCUGAAAUCAAACUGUCCCUGCACUCAGGGCUCUGGAGGGUCUGCUUUCUGGCAGGCGAGGAGCGUGGCCGCUGCUUCACCAUCGAGUACGUCAUGCCCAUGAACAUCCAGCUGACGUCCGAGUCCACCAUCAACGUCCUGAAGAUGAUCCGCUCUGCCACCCCCUUCCCUCUGGUCAGCCUCUUCUUCAUGUUCAUUGGCUUCAUCCUGAGCAACAUCGGUCACAUUCGGCCUCACAGGACCAUCCUUGCCUUUGUCUCGGGGAUAUUCUUCAUCCUGUCAGGUCUGUCGCUGGUGGUGGGGCUGGUCCUCUACAUAUCCAGUAUCAACGACGAGAUGCUGAACAGGACCAAGGACUCAGAAACCUUCUUCAAUUACAAAUAUGGGUGGUCCUUUGCCUUCUCUGCUAUCUCCUUCCUUCUCACAGAGAGUGCCGGGGUGAUGUCUGUCUACCUGUUCAUGAAGAGAUACACAGCUGAGGACAUCUACCGACCUCACCCCAGCUUCUACCGGCCCCGUCUGAGCAACUGCUCCGACUACUCGGGGCAGUUCUUGCACCCGGACGCGUGGGCGCGGGGCCGCAGCCCUUCCGACAUCUCCAGCGAGGCAUCCCUGCAGAUGAACAGUAACUACCCAGCUCUGCUCAAGUGCCCUGACUACGACCAGAUGUCCUCAUCCCCAUGCUGAGCACCACCACCCCUGCACCCGCUCCCACCCAAGCGCCCAUGGGCGCCACGUCCUGACUCCGUUUGUUGUCUAUUUUCCAGGCUGCUCUUUCAGGACAAUUCUCUAUUUAUAGGAGCAUAAAAAUAACCCAGAGAGAUGAGUUAUAUAACCAAUAAUGUAACCUCGAGAAUUGGGAUCUUUUCCUCUCUUUGGGUUGUUUUGGGUGUUGGGGUGGUGAGGUUUGGGGGGGUUUUUUUGUUUGUUUAUUCUUCCCUGCGUAACUGAAAACCUUUCCAAAGUCAUCUUUCAGCUCAUCCUGCUGAGCAAACAGCAGUUGUGCCUGGGGGAUAAAUCCAGGGCUGGACUGAUGAGCAGGAAACAAAAGAAAAUAGAGUAGAAGUAAGAAAAGGACUAGAAAGAAACAAACCACAGGGGUUGGGUGUUGGGGUGGGGGGGGGUUUUGUUUAGGUAGGCUGCAGAAGUUUGUGCGUUUGACUGUGUCAUUUAAUGAUCGACUCACCGGCGUAAGCGCCGCUGGGCAGAAAGGCUUUGUGAACAUCUCCAAGAAACUGGCAUCAGCAGAGCAAUGCAGAUUGGAUAUUUACUGGUUGGUAUCUCUGGUUGCUGGGUAUCACUUUUAACCAGGCUGCCUUGGGAAGCGGCUCAUCUCUCCUCUCUAGAUCUCAGCAGGGCAUCAGCGGGAUCUUGUUUCUCUGCGGCCACUUGCAAGCUGGUGCUUAAAUAGAUUGCUACAGCCCUGGGGUGUGCAGCUUCUCAGGGUGGGUUGGGCACCCACAUUUCCUCCAUCACAGGCUGGAGGGCUGAAGAGUGACUGAGAGAACUUCAGUGUAACAUCAAGUGGAAGAUUACCUAAAACCUUCUCACAGGAAGCAUUAAGCACAGGGCAAGAGGCAAUGGGAACAAACUUGGCAGAGGAUGUUCUGUCUAAACGUGAGGAGGAGCUUCCUUACUUGGAGGGUGGCAGAGCACUGGCACAAGGCUGCCCAGAGGGGUUGCGGAGUCUCUAUCUCUGGAGACUUUCAAAACCCACCUGGACAUUGCAAUCCAGGGCAGCCUGCUCUGGCAGUGGGGCUGGAGUGGAUGAUCUCCAGAGGAUCCUUUCCAGCCAUGCUGUGAUUUAGGGGAAAUGCCUGCUCUGGCAGUGGGGCUGGAGUGGAUGACCUCCAGAGGAUCCUUUCCAACCAUGCUGUGAUUUAGGGGAAAUGCCUCCUCUGGCAGUGGGGCUGGAGUGGAUGACCUCCAGAGGAUCCUUUCCAACCAUGCUGUGAUUUAGGGGAAAUGCCUGCUGUGGCAGUGGGGUUGGAGUAGAUGAUCUCCAGAGGAUCCUUUCCAACCAUGCUGUGAUUUAGGGGAAAUGCCUGCUGUGGCAGUGGGGUUGGAGUAGAUGAUCUCCAGAGGAUCCUUUCCAACCAUGCUGUGAUUUAGGGGAAAUGCCUGCUCUGGCAGUGGGGUUGGAGUGGAUGAUCUCCAGAGGAUCCUUUCCAACCAUGCUGUGAUUUAGGGGAAAUGCCUGCUCUGGCAGUGGGGUUGGAGUAGAUGAUCUCCAGAGGAUCCUUUCCAACCAUGCUGUGAUUUAGGGGAAGUGCCUGCUCUGGCAGUGGGGUUGGAGAGAUGAUCUCCAGAGGGUCCUUUCCAGCCAUGCUGUGAUUUAGGGGGAGUGCCUGCUCUGGCAGUAGGGUUGGAGUAGAUGACCUCCAGAGGAUCCUUUCCAACCAUGCUGUGAUUUAGGGGGAGUGCCUGCUCUGGCAGUAGGGUUGGAGUAGAUGACCUCCAGAGGAUCCUUUCCAACCAUGCUGUAAUUUAGGGGGAGUGCCUGCUCUGGCAGUGGGGUUGGAGUAGAUGACCUCCAGAGGAUCCUUUCCAACCAUGCUGUGAUUUAGGGGGAGUGCCUGCUCUGGCAGUGGGGUUGGAGUAGAUGACCUCCAGAGGGUCCUUUCCAACCCCUACCAUACUGUGAUUUAGGGGAAGUUCUGGCCAGAAGUGUGAGUUACUUCAGUGGAAUGUGAGAUCCCAAACUGGUGCAAAAUGAUGUAGCUGAGCCUGUAGCUGAGCUUGCUUAAGCCACCAUAGCAGAGUAGUUGGAUUGUAUUUCAUUUUGGCAGGACAACAGUGUUUUAGCUGCUUGUGUGUGUGUGUGAACCCUAUUUUGAGGUUUUCAGAUCAAAAAUUUCACAUGGUGACUUGGCAUCUUGGUCUUGGGCAGCUGUUCAGGGUGAGAGCAUCACUCUGCUUGAAAAUGAAGGGAAAGAAAAGGCUCUGCUCCUCUUCGUGCUCCUCUGCAAGCCAUCAGCUUGUCCCCACGUGGGAGGAACUUUGCCCAAACUUGAUUUCUCCUUUCUUAUUUUCAAACCUUUCUGAAGAUUUCCUUUCUGUAAAACAAAACCCUCCAGAGAGUCUUGGUGUUUGAGCUUGUUUUGUCUUACUGUAAUUGAAACAAAGUGAAUACAUGCACUUCUAACCUCC